AUGCGUAGACUUGUGAAAACUGAAGGUCCUGUAGAUGUCACAAAAAAUUUUUAUGUUCCAUUUAAUAUUCUGGAAGCAACCUAUAAGCUGGAGGAGGCCAUAAAUGAAAAGGUGUGUGUGCUCCUAGUGGGUCAUUUUCAAUCUGGAAAAUCAUCAACUCUACAUUAUUUGAGUGACACCAAAGAGAAUUAUUUUUAUAUACAAGCUUCAAAGUUAGCAAAUGGAUUCUUGCAAGGAUUGUGCAACCAACUUUCUUUGAAUUUAUGUAAUAACAUAAGUGAAUUUGAUCAUGAAAUCAAUAAGAUAUACAGGAAGCAGAUAGUAAUCAUGAUUGAUGAAUUUGACCAAUUCUUACUUAAUCAAGACAAAAGUGGAAAUACAAUUGAUCAGCUGAGAGAACUCACCAAACUUGUAAAUGAUAGGGGAGCAGAAGGAAUCAAAUCAAUCAUUUUUGUGGGCAGUUUUGCAAUUACUACAAUGCUUGAAGAUGGAAGCUCACAAGUUAAAAAAGUCAUUGAAAUAUCAUCACCAAAUUCAUCACAGGAAUUGCUACAAGACAGUUUGUUGGAGAAACUGACUCAAAAGCCUAAAGGAGUUCCAUCACCAUUAAAUUCAGCAAAAAUUAUUGAAGCAUCAGAUUUUACUAAAGAGCAGCAUGUGCAAUUCUAUUAUGACAUCCAAGAGAAUUUAAAUCUUCAUUUCAAUGAAAAUGUUGUGGAUGAUAUUUACAGUCUUACUAAUGGUUAUGCUGGAUUAGAAGGGUUGCUUGCAUCAUUGUGCAUUGAAUAUGUUAGCAAUGAGGAAACUCUUGACUUUAAUACAUGGAAUAAUUAUUUCACAGAAUUCAUUCGUAAUCCUACAAAGAAAAAGAUUAGUGCAAUUAAACACAUUGAAAAAUACCUUUCUGAGCCAGUUAGUAGCAGUAAUUACUUGAUCAAAGAUGCAAAGAAACUUUUAGAAUGCUUUUUACAAAGGGGAAUUCUGCAAUCAUCAGAAAUCUGUGAAGAAGAUUCAGUUGCCAUUGUACACCUGCGUGCAAUUGGAAUCAUAAAGGAUAUGGGCAAUGGAAUUUUUGGGUUCACAUCUAACAUCAUCCUUGAUCUAUUGUCAGACAAAUAUUAUCCUGUUUUUAGACAAGAUCCCUCCUUGGCAAGAAUUCCAAAUAUUAAUAUUAAAUCACCUCAAGACUUCUUAGAUAAGACAUUGGACCUUUUGAGAUACAUUCGUUAUGGUGAAAUUUUCAAUCCCUUAGCUGCCAAUCAAUGUUCUUUUUCUGAAUCAACAAUCCAAGGGGAGCUUUAUGCCCUAUUACGUAUGGCUGUGUCAUAUCCAGUAUAUAAAAUUUUUCGGGAAAUUAGAACUUUGGAAAAAUCUGAAAAAAAAUGUGAUAUCUGGGUGUGUAACAAUGAGGAGUAUGGGAUUGAAUGCAAAGUUGGCAAAGAUUCUGAAAAAGAGAUAAAAAAGGCAGCUAUACAGGCUAUUGGAUAUACAGGAGGACGAGACAAA